AUGGCAGAAGUGAAACCCAGUUUGAUUUAUGCAGUGGUUCUGUUGAGUUCAGCGGUGUUUGCCUUUGUUGAAGAUCUCGAUGACACAUUCAAAGACAGCAGGAUGGAUGAUGUUUGGCUGGUGGAUUUCUAUGCACCUUGGUGUGGGUACUGCAAGAAACUGGAGCCUGUGUGGCAUGAAGUCGGAGCUGAGCUGAGGAGCUCUGGAUCACCAGUCCGUGUUGGCAAGAUGGACGCCACGGCAUACUCUGGUGUUGCUUCAGAGUUUGGCGUACGAGGCUACCCCACAAUAAAACUGUUAAAGGGGGAACUUUCCUACAACUACAAGGGGCCCAGGACCAAGGAUGACAUCAUUGAAUUUGCCAACAGAGUCGCAGGGCCAGCAGUCCGCCCGCUCCCCAGCAAGCAGAUGUUUGAACACGUUAUGGGACGGCACGACGUACUCUUUGUCUACAUUGGCGGGGAUUCUCCCCUCAAGGAGAAGUACGUUGAGGUGGCCUCAGAGCUCAUUGUCCACACCUACUUCUUUUCAGCCUCUGAGGAUGUUUUGCCCAAGGCAGUGACCUUAAAUGAACUUCCAGCAGUUGUGGUUUUCAAGGAUGGAACCCACUUUUUAUAUGAUGAAUAUCAAGAUGGCAGUCUCUCUUCCUGGGUGAACAAAGAACGCUUCUUGGGAUACCUCCAGAUUGAUGGGUUCACUCUGUACGAACUAGGAGAGACAGGCAAAUUAGUGGCGAUGGCAGUCGUUGAUGAGAAGAACCCAACAGAAGAAAGCAUCAGGUUAAAGACUCUAAUUCAGAGAGUGGCAACUGAGUACAGAGAUCAUUUUAACAGGGAUUUCCAGUUCGGCCACAUGGAUGGUAAUGACUAUAUAAAUGGGCUCAUUAUGAGUGAGGUGGCGGUUCCCUCCAUUAUUGUUCUGAACACGUCCAGUGAGCAGUACUUUCUGCCAGGCGAGCCAGUGGAGACUAUGGAUCAACUGCUCCACUUCAUCAAUAGUGUGCUGGAUGGAACUGCUCAGGCACAAGGAGGCGACGGCUUCUUUCAGCGUGUCAAGAGAGUGGCUUAUGAUGCAAAAUCCACUGUGAUGUCAGUGUUCCGCAGCUCGCCUCUGCUCGGCUGCUUCCUGUUCGGCCUGCCGCUCGGCGUCAUCAGCCUCAUGUGCUACGGAAUCUGCACUGCUGAGUCAGACGAGGGAGCGGAGGACCUGGAGCUGCUGAAGAGGGAGGGGCUCAUGGAUGAAGACGAGGAGGAUGAGGGCCAGAGACAGGCCAGGGAACUUGAGCUCUCAGGUGACCAGGAGAAGGAGGUGGACCAAGAGGAGAAGAGCUCUGUCGACAAGAAAGUGGAUUAACACUGGCACUUGCCAUUAGAAGAAGAGGCGUAAAUGAUAGUAACAGUACUUGAAAAUAUCUUCUGUUUUUCUUUUAUUCUCUUGCCCAAAACCUCCCCCUUCCCCCUCCUGACCUGAGAUUUUGUUUAGUUUAGCUUAAGUCAGUCUUAUUUUGCUUUUGGAACAAUAACCUCAGCCAGACAGGAUUGUCACAAUCAGAGAGAGCCGAUUGCCAUUUAAUGAGCCUAAGUAAAUCUGGGAGGUGGGGGAAGGGAUGAUAAUAAAGCCAAAAGAUAAAUGAAGGUGAAAUUUGAGGGAGGAGACCUGUUCCUGGCGGUGCUUCACUGUGACCUGUGGGUCUGGUUUGAAGUCUCCAUUGAAGAGCAUCGCAGCUGGGAGGUCAGAGGUUCUGGGUCAUGCUAUUCAUUCCAAGCAGGGGUGUCGUAAGUGUUUCACCUUUGAUUAAUUGAACCCUUUACAUUACAGGAACGUUUAAAUGCUCCCUUUUCCCCCAGGGUCUCUCUGAACUGGUAGUUCAGUUGUACCCGUGGAAACCAAAGAACCUCUGGUUCUUGAGGGCAAGGGUUGUCUUGUCCGGGUACACAUUUGAGUUGUAAUGCAGUGUGGACAGAAAAAUUUCUGUUAAUCUCCUUUGGUCAACUUCAUCCAUAGUCAUAUGUCCAGUUC